UGUGGUCCUACCCUUGAAAGGCAAAGGGGCUAGCUGUGCCAUUUGCAGAUCAGGAACCAUGAGGAGGUACAUGGUGUCUUAUUCGUGGCAGAUCCUGAAGAAGGAACUGGGGCUGUACCAGCUCACCAUGGAUAUCAUUGUGAUGAUCCGAGUGUGUAAAAUAUUCCGCCAGGGCCUCAGGGGAUUCCGGGAAUAUCAGAUCAUCGAGACUGCUCACAGAAAGCAUCCUCUCUUUUCCUUCUGGGAUAAAAGGAAGCAAGGCCGAAUCACAUUUGAUACCAUGGACUUCGUUGCAGAGGAGGGUCACUUCCCUCCAAAAGCCAUGCAGAUUGCACAGAAGCUGCCUUCCUGGAGGACAGAGCCCGAGAUCCAGGCCCUCUGUAACCUCCUGCAAGUCCUGGACAGCUACCGCAACUACUCAGAGCCCCUGCAGCUGCUCCUGGCCAAAGUCAUGCGAUUUGAACGGUUUGGUCGCCGGCGCGUGAUCGUCAAGAAGGGGCAGAGGGGCAACAGCUUUUAUUUCAUUUACCUGGGCACGGUCGCAGUGACUGCGGAUGAUGAUGGCAGCAGCGCCUUCCUGGACACCCACCCCACGUUGUUGCACAAGGGUGACUGUUUUGGGGAAUUGGGCGUUUUGACUCCUUCAGUAAGGAGAGCCACCGUGGUCUGUAUGGAAGAAACAGAAUUCCUGGUUGUCGACAGAGAAGAUUUCCUUGCGAAUAAGCUGGACCAGGAAUUCCAAAAGGAUGCUCAGCAUCAAUUUGAAUUUUUUAGGAAGAUGGAUCUGUUUGAGUCGUUGUCUGAUGAGAAGCUCUGGAAGCUUGUAACCCUGGGGAAGGUGGAGAAGUUCCCUUAUGGGCAGCUGAUCUCAAAAGACUUUGUAGAAUCGUCCUCCAUCAUGUUUGUCAGCAAGGGCAGCUGUGAAGUGCUGCGUCUCAUAGACCUUGGGACCUCGCCUUUCUACUACAAGUGGAUCUGGCAGCAUCUGGAUCUGCUCUACGACAGACCUCUGAAGACCCACCUCAAUGAAUCUUCUCCUGUGGAGAGAUUUAAGGAAUUUCAGAUCAAAUCAUAUCCUGUACAGGACUUUAGCUUUCUGAAACUUAAGCACCUCCAGAACUCCUGGGAGCAACAGAGGACCAGCUUAAGUAGGAGGAUGAACACCUCAGGAAAUACUCUUCCAAAGAUGUUGGGCCCGAAGAUCAAAUCCAGGAAUCUUCAUUUGCUUGAAUGUUCCAUGAUCAGUACCAAGUAUGGUGAUCUCCCUGAGGAGGCUGCAGUGGGUGCCUACAUCAAGGUCCACACUGUGGAGGAAGGAGAAACUGUGGGCCUUCACCAGAUCCUCCUCCCAGAGAACCAGCAAGACAUGAGGCCCUUGAUCCUGGUGAGCCUGGGAGCUGAGGUGAUACGGGUGAGGAAAGAAAAAUUUUGUGAACUGAUCGACAGCAAGGUAACAGAGAAGUUGUCCAGGUUCAAGGUCAACUACCCCAGUGAUGAAGAUAUGUGCCAGAAGUUCCUUCAGGAGAACAGCUGGAAUAUCUUUCGGAAGGACCUACAGCGGCUGCUGGUGAAGCCUCGCCAGCGUCCACCGUUCACCCCGAUCCGGCCCAAGAAGAAAGGGAUCUAUAGCCCCAAGUCACUGAUUCUGGAUUUGUGUAGCUUCAAUAAGGAGCCUAAACCUUGUCAUCCUGUUUUUAUGGCACCCCAGAAGUACCUCCCCCCAUUGAGGAUUGUCCAAGCCAUCACAGCACCCCGAUAUAAAAUCCAAGAGCUCCUGCCUCAGUAUAAGAAUGCAGGAGUCCUUGUUUAGACUCAAUAAAAGAUGUUGGGUUGGUCACCCUGUUUUCCUGAGUGACCACCAUGGGAGUUGUGGGGCUUGGAGUCAGGGCUCCCGGGGGCUGUGGGUCCGGAGGGAUGUUUGGGGGGCGGCAGCUUGAGCACUCUCUCCCUUGAUACUUGUGGGGCUUGCGUGAGUGGACGAUCAGGAGGCUGGGUGUGGAUGGGUUAAGCCCUGGGGUGGGAGGGUCUUACCUGGUGAGAUGGAUGGGAGGUACGGAGGGGUGCAGGUCAAAGUGAGCAUGACUGGGGUUACAAACUCAAACGCCUUCCAGAGGCUGCGCAAGUCAUCUAAAGGAGUGCAUCAGAAAGACUGGGCAGGCAGCAGGUGAUGGUGGGGCCUGGUACGCACGUCUCCCAGCCAGGUGGAGCAAUUGCUCCGUAUCUUUAGUCAAUGCCAUGCCAGGAAGUAGUGCAGGCCCGGUCCUGCCAGUCUUUAGAUUUUUCAAGAGAACCAAGAAACCCAAUAUUUUGGAUGAUUCCUACUGGUUUUUAAAUGUGAGCAACUAAUUCAGAUUGUUUUUGCAAUACUGUGUUAGGCAAACAAAACAUAGACGUGGGCUGUGUUGGGCCUCCAGGCUGCUGGUUUGCCAGGGCUCAUCAAACCCCUCUGACAGGGCGUUGCCAGAGACUGGAGGAGGCCUGACUGCUGGGGGUCGAGGCGUAAGGAGCCAGAGAAACAGAUGGGCAGAGUGACAGGGGCAGGCGUCCUGGGUAUCAAGGAUCGGGAACCAGCAGCCUGAGAGAGAAGAGUCAGGUCAGAGAUAAGGAGGGGGUAGUUUGGACUUACUGAGGGCUCCUCAGCCCUUCUGGGGGGUCCUGAAUCUGUGGCUGGCUGUGAGUGACCUGGGCUGACUCUUUUUGUUGGUAGCACUGGGCCAAAUCACCUCUCUCCCUAAGGAAAUUCCAUAGUUCCGCUUUGAGAGCAAUGGGGAGCCUGGUAGAGGCCGCAGCAGCACAUGAGCCUGGCCAGGGGCUGCCAGGAAAGACAGGAGCCUUUCUCCACCCAUCACUCCCCACCCCACACAUUCACCUGCCCCACCUGGCAAGGAACAGGUUCGGAACACCUGAGCACUGAGCUGGGCCUCAGGAGCUCUGGAGAGCCUGGCUUUGUUUCUAUGCCACUGGACCCCCUUGAGCAACCUUGAGUCCUGUACCUGCCCAUUCCCCAGUGGCAAAAUGAGCAAAUUGGACAAGAUCAAUGGCCUUCAUGAGAGGUGAGAAUAGUUUGAA